UGUUUCUGCUGAUACCUGCUCAGAAAAAAUCCCAAGAAAACUGGACUCUGAUGGGAGAGCGUCAGGACUCAGACCACGUUGAGGAACGAAAUGCUCAGGUGCAGCUGGAAAAGGCCAAGUACAAGCCUGUGGCGUUCGCAGUGCGUUGCAACUUCUCUUACACGCCAGCAGACGACGACAACGUUCCUGUACCGGGCCAGGCCGUCACCUUUGAGGCCAGAGACUUCCUCCAUGUCAAAGAGAAGUUUAACAAUGAGUGGUGGAUCGGCCGGCCGGUGAAAGAAGAUGGCGUAGUGGGAUUCAUCCCCAGUCCAGUCAAUCUGGAAACCAUUCUCAUCAGAAGAGAAGUGCAGGCGAGGAAAGCUGCCAAGGCCUUAGCCAACAAAUCAUCUCAAGCGGCUCAAGAUAUGAACGCAAAGAAAUACACUCCCCCAUGAACAGCCAAUCAGCAGGUCAAAAAGAAACCGGGGGAGCAGGUGGCUAUGUAUGAUGUAGUGCCUACAAUGCGCCCCGUGGUUCUAAUGGGACCAUCACUGAAGGGCUUAGAGGUUACAGAUAUGAUGCAAAAAGCACUAUUUGACUAUUUAAAACAUCGAUUUGAAGGCAGAAUCACCAUUACACGGGUUACAGCAGACAUCUCUCUGGCUAAACGGUCUAUCCUCAACAACCCUGGCAAAAAGGCCUUAAUGGACCGGUCAAACACCCGCUCCAAUUUAGCCCAGAUCCAGGGAGAGGUGGAGCGAAUCUUUGAGCUUGCCCGCAGCCUGCAGCUGGUGGUUCUAGAUGCAGACACAAUCAACCACCCCCUCCAGGUGUCCAAGACCUCCCUGGCACCGAUCCUCGUCUAUGUCAAGAUUUCCUCACCAAAGGUGUUGACAAGACUGAUCAAGACUAGAGGGAAGUCACAGACCAAACAUCUUAAUGUUCAACUGGUGGCAGCAGACAAGCUCGCUCAAUGCCCGCCGGAAAUGUUUGAUGUCAUUUUAGAUGAGAACCAGCUAACUGAUGCCUGUGAGCACAUUGCUGAUUAUUUGGAGUCUUACUGGAGAGCCACUCAUCCACCAGAGAUGGAGCCUGUCAACGCACUAGUGUCCCAGCUGGCUGAGAAUACACUGCCCGCCAGUCCUUCAGCAAUACCGGAUGGGCAGAAAAACAAGAAGUCAGCUGCCCCCAAGAGGAAAGGUUCCCGAGAGAAUCAUCUAGACCAGGAAUCCUCUUCAGCCCCAGCACCGGAGCAAAGGGCUGAGGAGGGCCAAAGAGAGGAGGAAGAGCGGCUCACGAGGACUGACCCAAAGAGACCCCAGCACACCCACCACCAUCACCAUCACCACCACCGCCGGAUGGAGCAUCACGGCCACACCCAGCACAACCAAACAUCCAGUGGCAUGGAAGUACAGUCGAGCAGAGAUUAUGGCCAGAGGCUUCCCCGCAGGCACCUACCUGAGGAGAGGGAGGAGAGGGAGGAGGAGUUGGAGGAUGUGGUGGAGGAGGACCAGGAGGAGACUCGCAUUAACCACCGGGGCCAUAACCACCACCAUCAUAACAGCAACUACCAUCAUCACCACCAUCAUCACCGUGGGAACAGCCAGCCACAAGUCGGUGAGGACUAUGAGCAGGAGCACAAUGAACGCAACCGGCAGCACAGGCACCACCAGCAUAUUCCUCCACGGACACACCACACAGAUCACUAUCCUGCACACAAUCAUCAAAACUACUACGGCAGAGACAGGGACAGAGACAGGGACAGAGACAGAGACAGACGCAAGGACAGAGAAAGAGAUAGAGAUAGGGACAGAGAUAGAGAUAGAGGCAGAGAUAGAGACAGAGAUAGAGACAGAGAUGCACGACAAUGGCACAGAGAUUCCUAUAUACACUAGUGGUUCCUUCUGUGGGUUGCUGCAUGGUUUUAUGCUGCUCAAGUUAUAAUGCACUAAUGGACGAGGCAGAGUGUGUCAUCUUUGUAGACAAUGUUUCUCCUCAUAUUGUUUGCUGUUUUUUAUUUGUACACUCAUGCACUUUGUCCUUCUUUCACUUGCCUGUCUUAGUUUUAUCCUUUUCAUAUGGCUCUGGGUCUAUUUUUGAAUGUCAAUGGUUUGCUCAUGCAGCAUCUGUUCAGAAGUUUUUAAUUUUGCUUUGGUCAAGCAAAUGUACAGAGUCCAAGAACAGUCAUGGUUGCAGUAAUUUUAUUAUAUUCAUUGUCUCGGGUCACGUGUGGUGCUGUUGAAAGUGUAUUGCGUUACACUGAUAGGUGUUUCUGUUUAUUAUUAUUAAUAUUAUUUAGCCUUAAUUAAUAUAAAUGGGGUGGACAAAAUAAUAUUAACACAUCUCAGCUUUCUGUAGGCCUAAUAAUCUGGCAACUGAGUGCAUUUUGAGAGACAACUUGUUUCCCCAAGAUAAAUACCCUGUGUAGAGAUUUUUAAGAAAUAUUUUCAUAUUUGAUUAAUUGUUUCAGCCUCUCAAAUGUAAGAUUUGCUGUUUUAUAUAAAAAUUGGAUAUGUUUUUGUUUUGGACUGUUGGUCGCACAAAACUAACAAUUUGAAGACAUCACCUUGGUUGGCCAUAGUGAUGGGCACUUUUUCACAAUCUUUGCCAUUUUAUAGACCAAAUGGCAGACUGAUUAAUCAAGAAAGUAAAAGGAAGAUUAAUAUAAUCAUUAGUUGUAGCCCAAGCAAUGUUAUCACUAGAAAAACAACUGUUAUCCUGACAUAAUAAUGAACUAUUAUUAUUAUUAUUAUCAUCAUCAUCUUGAGUUAACAGGAUAAAAAUAAAUUACUGAAACAACGGCUGUUCUUGACUUCAGCACAAUUAAUGCCUUUUUAUGAUUUUUUUUUUCUACAAAGUUACACAAAGGGAUGUUUUGUCUAAUAAAAUGGUCAAAUAACUGUGGGGAACAACAGACUUGUGUGUUUCAGUGUCAUAUCUGAUUCUGCCCCAUGUUCAAACCAGUAUAUAGUCAAAAGCCAACCAUUUAUUUUAAACAUUGGAAAGGAAAGUCAAACUAUUUUUGUAUAUGAUUCUAAAAGGAAGUCAUACUUUGCUUCCUACUUUUCUAAAUGGUGUUCAAGCAUAUUUAUUGACUUGCAUUUGCUCUGUUUGGAAGCAUGAAAACUCUUUUGGUGACACUGACCUGUGCUAUGUGCUGGAUACUCUAUGCAUCUUCUUGUGAUAAAAUAUAUUGCUUGAAUACGAUCUCUAUGCAUUUGUACAUACUUCAUAAUUGCCUUGUUAGGUAAAUGUAAGGAGAACCAGAGAGCCUGUUGCACUGUUUGGUAGAACCUGUCCUACUGUGUAUGAUUGUUUUGAGUUGAGACUGAAUUGAUUACGUUCCUUUCAAAAAAGAUUUGUUUUGUACAGCAUCCAGAAGUUAAUUUUGACAAAUAUGCAGUCUAUUGUUGAAGAUCAUUAAAAUAUAUAAUGAA